AUGAAUCAAAGAGAAAAAUUUCAAGAGUCUGAUAAUCCCAAACAUUUGGUUCAAAGAAUCAAUUUGACUAGUUCCAGACCUCCUUUUGUUCAAAGAAUCAAUUUAACUGAUUUCAGACCUCCUUCGGCUUCUUCUCUACAAAAAUCCAAUUUAACUGCUUCUUCGAAUCAUUUAACUAGCUUCAGCCCUUUUUCUUCAGCUUUUUCGGCUAGUUUCAAAUCCUUUUCAGCUUCUUCGACUCAGAAACUAUCCAUCAACCUAGAAAAAUUAGAAGCUAUAAAAGGAAGGUAUGGUAUUCGGCUACCAUCAAGAUAUGAAAAAGACGUAGUAACAGAAGCAUCAGAAAAAGGGAAGAAUAUAGGAAAAAAACUCCCAGCGAUGAUAUGGAUUUAUCAGGACAACUACCAGAAUUUAGCAAAAAAAUUAUCCAAUUUACGUAUGAAAUACAAUCAGGAGGACAACGAAAUACUUACUGGUGUUAAUUUAGAUUUUAGCAACGAAAAUGAUGAAUUAAAAAAUAAAAACGCAGAACUAAAAAAAGCGUUUAGUCAAAGCCAAAGUUCUAAGAAAGGAAAAAAACCAUUAUGCCAUGCUGAUGAUAAGAAUUAUGAAUUAUCAAAAAGUAGCAGCUUGAUGGAAGAAUCUGAAGAAACGAAAGCAAGGCCAAUUAAUAAUAUUGACUACAAUGAGACGUUCAAUAGCGAACGAAACAUUCGAAUCCUGAGCAAACUAAUUCUGGAGCUCCAGAGAGCGUUGAGGUCACAUUUUCGUCCUUCAGUUGGUCAACUAACGAAAUGGCUUAAUAGCCUUCACAAGUCCUGUUGUUCGCAAUCUAAGUUGAAGAGUACCAGAAGAAUUACCAAAGAUAAUCAUCAUGUUUAUAAUAACGGUCAGAUACAAGACAAAAGAUUGCGCCAAGUGAAAGCCGCGAAAGACCUUUAUAAAAAAGGGUAUGAACAAAUUAUGAAAUAUGAGAAACGCGAGUUAUUGUUGAAUUUAGCUAAUCGAUUAUACCACUCACCUGAAAUUAGUGAAGAUGAUGAGGAAGAUCUGAGUAAACCAUCAUCUGUAUUUAUGAUUACUCAUGCAUAUAUCGAACAAAAGGAUAUGGCAUUCAACACAGAAAGAAAUUAA